AAUGCAUUGCUCUCACGCUGUUGCGGUGCUGAGAGAACGCAGUGAUGACAUCUUUAGUCAUGUUGAUACACGAUACCACACAGAUGUUUGGAUUCACCAGUACGCAGCUGCGUUUCGUCCACUGAGACACCAAGAUUAUUGGUAUGAACCUAAAUGGACACUGGAAUGUUCACCAGCACGGCUACUUCCUCGUUCACGUGGGCGGUACAACAGAAGCAGGAUACACAACCAAAUGGAUGAGCGCGAAGAAGAUGCGCCAAGAGCUCCUCCUCGAUGCCGCCUUUGUGGAGAGACCGGCCAUAAUAGAAAAAAGUGCACUUCGGGACGUGUUGUGUAGUUAUAUUAUGUUUGAGACUCGUGAUUGAGGGUUGAAUUUUAUUAUGUGUUUGAACCAAGU